CGAAACAAGUGAGUUAUGGCGCGUACAAAGCAGACCGCUCGCAAGUCGACCGGCGGCAAGGCCCCGCGCAAGCAGCUGGCCACCAAGGCGGCCCGCAAGAGCGCCCCGGCCACGGGCGGCGUGAAGAAGCCGCACCGCUACCGGCCGGGCACCGUGGCGCUGCGCGAGAUCCGGCGCUACCAGAAGUCCACCGAGCUGCUGAUCCGCAAGCUGCCCUUCCAGCGGCUGGUGCGCGAGAUCGCGCAGGACUUCAAGACGGACCUGCGCUUCCAGAGCUCGGCCGUGAUGGCGCUGCAGGAGGCGAGUGAGGCCUACCUGGUGGGCUUGUUCGAGGACACCAAUCUGUGCGCCAUCCAUGCCAAGCGCGUCACCAUCAUGCCAAAGGACAUCCAGCUGGCCCGUCGCAUCCGCGGGGAGCGGGCCUAGAUCAUCCACUAGGUUAAUCUAAAGGCUCUUUUCAGAGCCACCUACGUUUCCGCUAAGAGCAGCUGUAUCAGCUUUUCAGCUGUGUUUACUGUUAAGUGUCCUGAGGAUAGAAAUAAGGGGAACAUCGCAAAGGUGGGCAAUAGGAAAUGUGGGUCCCCUGCUUUUAGUUACAUGACAGGAAACAAAGUGUCUUGGUUUAGGCCAACUCAGCCUUGCUGGCUUAAACCUAGAGCAAUGUAUCAGUUGUGGAAAGGAAAAUGUGGGAGGCGAGAAAUACUCCGAAUCCCGAGGUGUGUAAGGUCCUGGCGCCGGAGACAAUCUCUUCUCUUGGAAGGAGCUUUUUUUUUGGUAUUGUAUAGUUGGCUUAUAGCUUGACAUUCGUCACACAAUACAGGUGGUGGAAACCAGAAUAGUGAGUCCCUGGUGGUGUUUAUAUACAGUGAAAUGGUGCAAGAAUAGAAGAAACUAGUUUGUCUUUACUUUUGUACUUAAGAAAUCCGUAUAUAAAUCUACAAUCUAAUAGGAAAACUAACGAAAAAAGCCCUGAACCGAUGAAAUCACUGCUCUACGUAAUUUACUGGUCGAUGUGAAAUGGAACAUUUUGAUUGGCUCACACUUUUGUUCUAAUGACUACUAGGGAAGCGCAACCAGAAUCUAUUAUUUACAUAGGCUCCACCCUUCUAUGACGACAUUGGUUUAAAUUAACCAAUAAAAAAGCAGCAAUCUUGGAACCUUCAUUUGCAUACGAGCUCUAUAAGUAUCGCGUAAC